UGAUUUGUCUUCUGCUUCUGUCUCUCUGCUGAUCCAGCUCACCUCUGGCACACAGCCCAUCAAGCUUUAACAAAAUCCGUGCAGUUAAUUUUAUACAUAAACAUGUUUUCUAGAUUUGUGAAACCUCAAGUUAUUUCUGUUGUGUUUAACAAUGCUAAAAACCUAUCCACCUCAAGCCAGAACAAUGUGAAGGUUGCGGUGUGUGGUGCCAGUGGAGGUAUUGGCCAACCUCUGUCACUUCUUCUGAAGGAGUCCCCUCUAGUCACUGAACUGUCUCUAUAUGACAUUGUCCACACUCCAGGAGUAGCUGCUGACCUUAGUCAUAUUGAGACAAAGUCCAAGGUCACAGGAUUCGUAGGCCCAGACCAAGUUAAGGAUUCCCUGAAGGGAGCUCAGGUUAUCAUCAUCCCUGCUGGCGUACCUCGUAAACCUGGCAUGACCCGAGAUGACCUCUUCAACACCAACGCUUCUAUCGUGCGUGAUUUGGUACAGGCUGCAGCAGAAGUCGCACCCAAGGCUCUCAUCGGAAUCAUCUCAAAUCCCGUAAACAGCACAGUGCCUAUUGCUGCCGAAGUGCUCAAGAAGGCUGGAGUCUACGACCCUAACAGGCUGUUUGGAGUCACUACCUUGGACAUUGUUCGAGCCAACACUUUCAUUGCCGAAGCUAAGGGUCUGGACCCCAAGGCUGUGAAUGUGCCUGUGGUUGGUGGUCACUCUGGGGUGACCAUCAUCCCUCUCAUUUCUCAAUGCACCCCUGCUGUGUCCUUCCCCCAGGACAAGUUGGAAGCGCUCACCCUCAGGAUCCAGGAUGCUGGAACAGAAGUAGUGAAGGCUAAGGCUGGUGCUGGUUCAGCCACUCUCUCCAUGGCCUAUGCCGGUGCUCGGUUUGCAUUCGCCCUCUGCCGAGCAAUCAACGGAGAAUCAAACAUUGUUGAGUGUGCGUACGUCCAAUCAGACGUCACAGAAUCCAAGUUCUUCUCUACACCCAUUCUUCUUGGGCCAAAUGGUCUCCAGAAAAACCUUGGGCUUGGUAAACUAUCAGACUAUGAGAACCAACUUCUCAAGGCAGCCAUUCCUGAGUUGAAGAAAAACAUCCAGAAGGGAGAAGAUUUUGUGCACAAGAAUUGAGUUGCCAUCAACAGGAAUUAGAAGUACAACUAAACAUAAUAAAAACUAGUCUUUGUCCGUUAUAACUGAACCAUAAAAUGUUUACCUUUAGUAUCGCUUUAAAAACUUGAAUCACUUAAUUUGUUAUUUGAUCAAUUAGAAAUGUAUCAUCGUGAGAGUAGUCUUUCCAAGUAAGUGUUAAAUGCAAUUUAUUUAAUAUAUUUACAUAUUUAGUAAAAAUCCAAAUGAUAUUAUUUUUACUUUUGUACUGUACAAACACAUGGUUUAACCACAGUUAUUUUUUUGCACUUGUUUGAACCUAUACACUAUUCUAUUGAUAUACAACUGUGUGCUGUUUGACAUGUUUUAAAUGUAGUUAAGGCUCGACUUGAGGAGGCUAAGCAUCUGUCAGGUCAGUAGAGAUUUAGGCUGGUUCUCAAUACUAUUUGUUUUCAACAAUGACUAGUUUCACCAAAUAGACUGCAUCAAUACAGUAUUCUAUAUACUUUUUCGUACAGUUUUAUUUUUUCAUAGAUUUUGCCUCUACUCAUUUUCUCUUUAUACUUAUACAAUGUAGUUUUUAUACUUUGUUUUCUUUCAAAGCUGUUUUCUCCUUAAUGCUCCUUUAUCUCUUUUCCUUAAUUUUUGUGUUAGGUUUGCCAAUUUACAUUUGUACGCUGUUUUGCUUUAUAUAAUGGUAGGACUAACACUUGUUUAAGUUUUAAAAGUGAAAAUGCCCUUGAAAAACAUUUUGGAAUUGAAUAACUGAGGUUGAACUAUGUUCCAAUUUGCAUAGAAUUUUGGUUGUGUUUCCUGUUACCUACUUUUACUGAUUAUCAAUUAUUUUAUAGACCUACUUGUAAGUUUUUGGAAGUUUGAUUGUAAAUAGUUUCACAAUUCCAUUUUUAAUCAUUCCGUUUUGAGGGUUGAAAAGGCAGUGUCUUAGGUACAUAAUAAUUGUCAUUUCAUUUUGACAAAAAGUGAUAACAUUCAUACUCAGGAACAAACUGUUCUAACCUUAUGAAACAAGUGUAAACAAAUCAAACCAAAAUUGGGUUUAGGUCUGUAAAAUAUUUGUGAAUAAAGGUUAUUUUCUGUUA